AUGUCUACACAAACAAGGACAAAAGGAUGGGAGAAGGAAUCAAAAAUUAAUCCAGAUUAUGAAUAUGAGAGAUUGUUAAAAUUAGAAAAUAAGUUUCAUAUAAAAGCAUGGAUUAAUAAAGGAGAGAAAGAAGGAUAUCUUUAUAAUAUAGUUCCUACUACUAUGAAUGUAGUAGCAAAAAAUUCAAAUAAAUCACAUAAAAAAACAGGUGUACACAUGUAUUUUGUGUCAGACAAUAACAAGACGUGGAGAUUAACUCUUUUUUAUAGACCCUACUUUUAUUUAAAAACCAAGAAUAUACAUAAUUAUGAACAAGUAACAAAAUUUUUAAAAAAGGAACUAGAUAAGUAUAACGUUGAAAUUGAUUAUGUAAAAAAAGAGGAUUUAAGUUUAUACGAUCAUUUGAAUAAGAAAAGAAGUUAUUUAAGUAAUAUCUUUUUUAAAUUAUCCUAUGAUACUAUUGAAAAUUUAAUGAAUGCUCGAGAUUUCUUAGUCAAAAUUAUUGAACGAAAUAAAAAGCAAAAUAAAAAUUAUAAUAAUUCAAAUAAUGAUAAACAUAUUUUUAAUAAUGAAGAUUUGUCCUAUAGUCAAUUAGAGUUUUCUUAUAAAAAUGAAUAUUCUUAUAAUAAAUAUGAUGAUCAAAAAGAAAACACACAAAAACAACAAUUUACUACAAAUAUAACAGAGGAAGAUGAUAAAAAGAGGAUAUUAAAUGCAAAAAGUAAUGAUAAUAAUAAUAAUAAUAAUAAUAAUACACAUAAUAGUAACAAUAAUAAUAAUAUAUUGAAUAUGAAUGAUAUCAUAGUUACUACAAAAAAACAAAUUUUAAGUAAAGAAGAAAUUAUGAAUGAAAUAAUCGAAAUAUAUGAAUAUGAUGUAAAAUAUUUAACUAGAAUUUGUAUAGAUAAAAAUAUCAGAUGUGGAUUAUGGUAUAAAGUAAAAAGAGAAGAAGAUGAACUUUAUACUGAAUUAAUUCAAUUUGAAAUUUUAAAUAAAAAAGUAUUAGCACCAUUAAAUAUAUUAGCAUGGGAUAUUGAAUGUUAUAAAGAUGAAUUAAAAUUUCCAGAUAAAGAGAAAGAUGAAAUCAUAUUAAUAUCUUAUAUGUAUAAUGCUCAAGGAUAUUUAAUUGUUAAUAGAAAUGUUAUGAGUAAAAAUAUAAGAGAAUUCUUAUAUAAACCAAAUGAAGAAUAUUCUGGUGCAGGUACUUUCAAAAUUUUUAAUGAAAAAAAUGAAUAUUUUUUAUUAAAACGAUUUCUUGAACAUAUCAGAUUAUUAAAAAUACAUAUUUUUGUUACAUAUAAUGGUGACUUUUUUGAUAUUCCAUAUUUAUAUAGAAGAUGUGAAAUCAAUAAUUUAAGUGUUUCCAGAGAAAUAGGUUUUAUUAUGAAUAAUAAACAAGAAUGUUCAUGUAAUUUUAUUUUAAAUAUCGAUGCAUAUAAAUGGGUUGAAAGAGAUUCAUAUCUACCAAAUGGUUCGAGAACUUUAAAAAGUGUAUGUAAAAUUAAAUUAAAAUAUAAUCCAACAGAAGUGGAUCCUGAACUUAUGGUUCCCAUUGCUAAAAAUAAUCCUCAACAUUUAGCUGUUUACAGUGUAUCUGAUGCAGUUGCAACUUUUUAUUUAUAUGAUAAAUUUAUUCAUAAUUUCUUAUUCGCAUUAUCAUCAAUUAUACCAAUGAACCCUGAUAAUGUAUUACGACAAGGAAGUGGAACCUUAUGUGAACAAUUAUUAAUGGCAGAAGCCUACAGAAAAAAUAUACUUUUUCCUAACAAAUCCAAACCUAUAUAUAAUCAAUAUUUUACAGAUCCAGAAAAUAAAAAAAAAUAUUUUAUUUAUGAUGAUUCAUUUGUUGGCGGUACAGUUCAAAGUUUAAAAUGUGGUAUUUAUAGAGAUGAUCUUAAAGAAUUUUUCAGCUUAGAUGUAGAUACAUAUAAAUAUCUAUAUAACAGUAUUGAUCAUAUUAUUGAUUUCUGGAUUCAAAAAGAUUUAAAUAAAAAUGCAAAUAUAAAUGAUACGAAAUAUAUUAAUAAAAAUCAAAUAAUAAAUUUAGAUCAAAUUAAACAAGAUAUUAAAAAUAAACUAAAUUUCUUCAUAGAAAAUCCAAAUAUAAAUAUAUGUCCUAAUAUUUAUCAUCUAGAUGUUGCUGCUAUGUAUCCUAAUAUUAUUUUAUCACAUCGUUUGCAACCUAAUGCUAUCAUCACACCAGAUCAUUGUUUUAAUUGUUCUUUUUAUAAACAAAGACACUUGUGUCAAAAAAAAAUGAUAUGGAAACGUAAAUUAGAAAUUUCUCCUAUAGAUUAUGGUCAUGUCUUAUCACUAAAACAAGAUUUAAAAACUAGGCUUUUUUUCCCGCAAAAAAGUUUUUACAAAAUGCAAAACAAGGAAGAAUCUGAUAGUACUGAAAAUGAAAACUCGAUGGAUAUUAACGCAUCAAAAAAGAAAUCGUGGAAUGAACUCACGGAUAAACAACAACACGAUGAAUUAAUGAAAGUCAUAAAAGAUUGCUCUCAAAAGGUUUUUAAAAAAACCAAAGUAUCGAAAGAAGUAGAUGCAUCCAGUUUAGUGUGCCAACGAGAAAACCCAUUUUAUGUUGAUGCUGUUAAAACUUUUAGAGACAGAAGAUAUGUGUAUAAAAAAGGACUGAAAGAAUGUGAACAUGAAAAAAGGGAAUUAUUAAAACAAUCAAAAAUAGAUUAUAUUAAGAUUCAAGAAUUAGAUGAUAAAAUAUUAUUAAAUGAUUCAUUACAACUAGCACAUAAAUGUAUAUUAAAUAGUUUUUAUGGAUAUGUUAAAAGAAGAAGCAGUAGAUGGUAUUCUGAUCAAAUGGGUGCUAUUGUUACGUAUACAGGUUCUCAAAUAAUCAAUGGAGCAUUUAAUUUAAUAAAUAAAAUUGGUAUACCAAUGGAAUUAGAUACUGAUGGUAUUUGGUGCAUGCUUCCAAAAAAUUUCCCAGAAAUGUAUGAUGUAUAUAUUUUGGAUAAAAAAGAAUUAAAUAAAAAAAAAGAUUAUGAAACAAAAAGUGAAGAAGAAUUAAAAAAUGAUAACAAUGUGAAAAAAGUAGAUUUCGAAUUCCCAACGAAUAUAUUAAAUUUCGAAAUGCAUAAGAAAUGGACAAAUGAUCAAUACUUAGUGUAUAAUGAACAUACUGAUGAUUAUGAAUGUAUUAGUAAAAAUGAAAUAUUUUUUGAAUUAGAUGGACCAUGGCAUGGUAUGUUUUUACCUGCAUCUGAAAAAUCCGAUGAUUUAUUAAAAAAAAGAUAUGUUGUUUUUAAUAAUAAAUAUAAAAUAAGUGAACUUAAAGGUUUUGAAAUUAAACGAAGAGGAGAAUUAAGAAUUAUUCAAAGAUUUCAAAGUGAAAUUUUUAAUCAUUUCUUAAAAGGAAAAACAAAAGAAGAAUCAUAUUAUCAUGCAUCAUUAACAGCAAAUAAAUGGAAAAAUUUAAUAGAUACUAAAGCAAUAGAUAUAGAUAAUGAUGAUGAAUUAUUUGAUUUAAUUUUAGCUAAGAAAGUUUUAAAUAAAUCAGUUAAAGAACAACCAAAUGCUAAAAGUUUUGGUAUUACUACAGCAAAAAGAUUAAGUGAAUUAUUAAAUAAUGCUAGCUAUAUUGAAGAUAAUAAUGUAUCAACUCAGUUUAUUGUUGUAUCCAAACCUAUUGGUUCAGAUAUUACCUUUAGAGCUAUACCUAUACAAAUAUUCAAAACAAAUAUUGAUACUCAAAUCCAUUAUUUAAGUAAAUGGUUAGGUACCAAAUUUCCUCCAAACGUACCUGUUAAUGUUAGAGAUAUUAUUGAUUGGGAUUAUUAUAAACAAAAAUUAGAAGUUCAAAUUUUAAAAUUAGUUAUUAUUCCAGCUAUUAAACAAAAUAUUAAUAAUCCAAUAACUUCCAUAUCAGUUCCUGAUUGGUUAAAAAAACAAAUUAAUAUCUCAGAAGGAAAACAGAAAAAAAUCACAUCCUUCUUUGUAAAAAAAAACAUAAAAAAAGAAGAUACCACUUCACCUUUACAUUCUGCCGAUGUUAAACUAGUAAAUGAUAUUCAUGAUUUUAAAGAUUCAAAUGAAACAACCAACACACCAUUACAUUAUACACAAAAAGAAAGUAUGAAAAAUAAAGAACAUAUAUCUAAUCAAUCUAUGGAAAAAAAAAGCCCCUUUCCAAUAGAAGGAGAAAAUACAAUAACAAAUCCAUCAUCAUCCAUAUUAACACAAUCAGAGGAAACAUUGAAAAAUAAAAAAAGAAAAUUAAUAAAACAAUAUCUCUUAGAUAAUUUUAUAUCCAAAAAACAAAAAUUAAUAAUAUUAUAUGAUAAUAAUCAAUCAAAUAAUAACAAUAGUAAUAUUAUGUCUGGUGCUACUCCAAAAACUAGUAAACUUAUCUCAUCAGUAGCUUACAAAAAAAUAAAUUCAUUUGAAAACUACGGAGAAAAUAAUAAUAAUAUUAUUAUUAUUGAUCAUGAAAAAAUCAAUAUCAGUAAUUUAAAAUAUAAAGAUUUACAUAAUUUAUUUCAUUCAAAUUUUAAAAAUUGGAUGCUUAUUAAUAAUAAAAUAUGGAAAAAUAAUAGAACACAAAUUAAAAAAAUACGUAUUGAAGAUAAAAAACAAAAAAAAAAAAAUAGCAUAUCAUUUAAAGAACAAGAAGAUGAAGAAACUAAUAAGGAAAAAAAGAAUUAUGAGAAAAUAUCUAAUUUAGAUUCUAAAUAUUUACAUACUAUUCAAAAUUCAAUGGAUAUUGUAUAUAUAUAUAAAAAAAUUAAAAAGAAAAAGAAAAAUCAUAAAAAAAAAAAUGCAAAUAUCCAAUUAAAUAAUUUAAAAAAUGAUAAACAAACCUUAUUAAAACCAUAUUUAAAAUAUUUUAAACAUGAAGCAAAUUCAGAUUCAGAUUCAAAUUCAGAUGAUUCAUCUAGUCAUAAGAAAGAAUCUAGAAAUGAAAAUUAUCAUAUCAAUGAAAAGGUUGAUAAUAAUGAUUAUUAUAAUGAUGAUGAUGAUGAUGAUGAUGAUGAUGGAAUUUAUUAUGCAUUAGUUUCAUUAAAGAAUAUGAAUAAAUUUUAUAAAAUUAAAAUACAAGUAUAUAGACAUAUAUAUAUUAAUAAUUAUGAUCAAUUAAAUAUUAAAAGUAAUAGUAAAAUAACUAUAAAAUUAAUUAGUUCAAAUAAUGAUGAUAAUGGUGUAUUUAAAUCAAAGGCAUAUGCUAAUUGUUUUCUUCCAAGAAAUAUUAAAGUUUUUAAUUUAUAUGAAUUUAUAAUGACAGAAAAAUAUUUUAAUCAAUAUAUUAUUAAUACUCUAAAUGCAAAUUAUCAUGAAAGUAUUAUAUCUGUAUAUGAAACAAAAAUACCAUUAUAUUUUGAUUUCUUAAGUAGAUAUGGAAAUUCUGUUGAAAUUGAUUCAAAUGAUUAUAAUUAUAUAUUUGAUGAAAACAAAUGUUUUAAAUCUCAUUGUUUUAGUAAAGUAGAAAAUAAUAGUAAAAGUACUAAAAAUGUAUCAGCCAAUUAUUUGGAUGAUGUACAUAUUGUUUAUAUACAUAUAUUUCAUACGCUUAUAGAUAACAUUUGUAAUCGUAUUUUUAUUAAUGUAUAUGAUCAAUUUGAUGAACAUAAUCAGGAUCAUCUACUUGGGAAUAAAAUAAUGUUUAGUGGUAUUGGACAAAAGGAUAAUAAUUUUGAUCCUUAUGAUACUUUUAUAAAAUUCUUACAAAUGGAUAAGUAUUGUAAUGAUAAUACAUUAAACGAAACAAAUAAAAAUAUAAAUAUGAAUAUAAAUUCUACACAUGAUGGGCAAAAUAAAAAUAUACUUAAUAUAAAUCAUAUACAUAAUACAUUUGAUAAUAAUAAUAAUAAUAAUAAUGAUGUGGAAUAUUUAAACAAUAUUGAAAAAGAAAAAAUAAAAAAAGAUAUGUUAUUAAAAAAUUUAUUUAAUAAAGAAUUUUUUAUAAAUAGUGUUGAAAAAGAUCUAUUAUUUUUAUAUCAUUAUAGAAAAUUUGAUGUUUAUUAUGAAGAUAAUACAAAUGUAUAUAAAGUAUUAGAAUAUCUUGAUCUAUACUUAAAUAAAUAUCGUACUAAUAUGAUAACAGGAAAACAAAAAUAUAUCUUUUAUGUAUCAUCAACUAUUGAUAAAAAAAAAUUAGGUUGGUGGGCUACCAAUAAAUAUUUCCCAUGUUAUUUUUAUAAAUUUGAUAAUACAAAUAAAUAUCAAAAUGUUCCAAGAUUAAAUUAUCAAAAUGACAUUUUUAAUUUAUCUCUAAAUCUAUUUUUUGAAAAUUAUCAUAGAGUAGAAGAAGAUUUGAAUUUUUCACGAAUAUCAAAUAUACCAUUAUUUAAUUUAUUCAAUGUUCAAAACAAAAAUCAAAAACAUAAAUUUAUAUAUGAUAUCUUAUAUGCAUCUUUUAUUAAAAAAUAUAAAGGAAUAUUAUGGUUAUCAUAUUUUGGUAAUUAUGAUCUAGGAAUCCCAUGUUUAAAUAUUAAUAAUUUCUGUGAUUAUGAUUUAGCUAAAAAAAAUAAUGAUAUAAUAAAUCAAGGAAUAUAUAGAGGAUAUAUUGUCCAUCUAUUUUUUAAUGAAUCAUUAAUAUUUAAUAGUGUACGCCUUUUUACAAAAUAUUCAAAUCUUGACAAAAACACAAAUGAAUAUAAUAAUACCAUAACCAAUACAAAUACAAACAUAAAUAAUUAUCACAAUAAUAAUAUUAUUAAUCGUAAUAAUGAACAUACUACUUUUAUGCAAAACAAAAAAAAAAAUGUCAAGAGAACCCUGGAAAAUAAUACAAACCAUAUGAAUAAAUUAAACAAUAAAAGUAAUCAUAUAAAUAAAAACGACUCAAUAGAUCAAAAGGAACAGUUGAAUGAUGAAGAUAUAUCAACAGCUGACGAAAAUAAUAAUAUGAAUAGCAACAAUAAUAAUAAUAACAACAAUAAUAAUAACAACAAUAAUAAUAACAACAAUAAUAAUAAUAAUAACAACAAUAAUAAUAAUAAUAAUAAUAAUAGUGUGAAUGUAAAUUUUUCUUCCAAUAAUGAUAACGUCAUCAUACAAUCAUCAGCUGAAUUAAAUCAAAAAAAAAACCUCAUACAAAAUAAAUAUGAUAUCAAUUCAAUUGUUGAAAGAAAUGCUCAUGUUUCCCAAUUUAGUAAUUUUGCCUUUAAACUAUUAGGUCAAUCGUUAGAAUAUUUAAUAUCUAAGAUUUCCUCUUUAUCUAUGCUAAUUACAAAUAAAACAUUUGAAAGCAUAUCAGAUAUAUUUACAUCCUUCUAUUCAUGGAUUUCUAAUAAUUCUAGUUUAUUAUAUGAUGUUGCAUUAUAUAAUAAAGUUUUAGAAUGUUCUGAAAUUUAUCAAAAUAAUUUAAUAAAUAUUAUGAAGAAGAAAUUUAAUGCUAAUAUUAUUUUUGCUGACUUAAGAAAUCUUGUUAUAUCAUUCAAUGAGUAUUCUAUUAUAUCAGGAAGAAAUAUAUUAAAGAAUUUAAUAAAAUAUUUUUCACACAGUGAUUCAAUAUAUGCAAAUGUACCCUUCUAUAUUAAAAAUGAAUAUAUUGCAGCAUGUCAAUUUGAUAAAUAUAAUUUUAUAAGAUAUAAAAAAUAUUCAGAUCCAAAUGAAGAAAAUACAGAUGAAAAUCUAAAAAUUAUUGAAUACUUACCUCCUAUAUGUGAAUCUUUCUUGAGAUAUGUUCUUGAUAUUAUAAUAUUGAAUCCAUUACAUGAUAUUAUACUUUCAUAUGAUAAUAAUAAACAAAACGGUAUAAAUCCAUAUCAAUCAGAUGAUCAAAAGAUAAAUCAUAUAAAUGAUAUAUCUACAUGUGAAAAAAAUUAUUAUAAUGUUAUAUUAAAAAAUGAUAAAUUAACAGAUAAAAUUAAUUUAGCACAAAAAGCCAAAUUAAAAUAUAUAUUUGAUAAAUCAUUUGAUGAUCUUGAAGAAGUCUGUGAAUCAUUCUCCUUAAUCAAUGAAAAUGUAGAUGUACUAGCUUAUAAAAUUGAAGAGAAAUUAAAGGAUUUAUGGUUUAUGCCGGGAAUUAUUUAUAAAAAAGUGAAAAAAGCAAUCAAAUAUAAAAAAUAUCUAAUAGAAAAUUAUUGGCCAUAUGAAGAUGAUGAAAUCGGUGAAAAUAAUAUUAAUUAUGCACCAUUCUUAUUUCCUCAAACAUUAGGAAAUCUAGCUAAAAGAGAUAAUAAUUGGAGACUAGAAAUUGUUAAAUUCUGUAUCUUCUUAAUGCAAAAUGAUAAAUUAUUAAAUUUAGAAAAUGAAAACUCAAAUGAAGCCUUUCAUGAAAAAAGACAUGAACUAUAUGAAAUUGUAGGAGAUAGUGAAUAUAAUAAAAAAAAUUCAUUAUGGAAAAGCCCAUGUCAUGAAUUAAUUUUAAAAGAUAUCUUUUGCGAUCAUUGUUCAUCGGUAUAUCAUAUGAACGUAGUAACAAGUUUAGUUGAAGCAGAGAUAAGUGGAAAACCAUCUUUUAUUUGGUUAUGCAAAAAUUGUAACUUUAAAUUUGAUAAUGAAUUUAUUGAAUUAAAAAUAUUAUCUUUAUUGCAGGAAACAUUCGACGCAUACAAUGCUCAAGAUUUGGUAUGUAAUAAUUGUAAUGCAAUAAAAUCUUUCCACAGAAGACCCAUAUGUAAAUGUGGUCAAAUAUUUACACCUCGUCUAGAAAUUAAUAACUGGAUGCAAACAUUAGAAAUUGUAGAAAAUUUAGCUAGCAUGCUAAACAUGCCAUUAUUAACAGAUGUGUUGACAUCCAUGAAAACCCAUCUUAUAUAA